CUCUUCUUAAGCCAUCCGAGUUGGUGGCUGUCGCUACCUUCCAUGGGAGCGAAUUCCAGAGUUUGACCAUGGAGACCUCACACCAAAGGAAUCUUGCUAUGAGCAUGUGCACAAUCACAUCAAGUUGGCUGUUGAGGUGGCGGCUUUUCAAUGUGCACUGCUGAUGUGAACGGGGGCGGGACAUGAACUGGGACCCUGUGCCAACGGGGCAUGCACAGAGCUCUGUACAAAACCCAGCAGGUUCCCAAUGCCCUUGGUGUUGCCAGGAUCUACACACAGCUGCCCCGUGUGGCGAGCCUUUGAACUGCAGGUGGCAGCCUUCUCUGCAAAGAACCUUCAGGACCCGGACUGACUCCGCCCACUCAGGCUUCCGCAGCCAAUUCCAAACUCACUUGUUUUUCAUUAUGAGUGACGGGGAAGGGCAGAUCUUCCCCAGGUAGGGCUGGGAAACACCUGGAGCACCACUGCCAGUCAGAGUAGACAAUAAUGAGUUUGAUGGACCAAGGCCAUCGUAUAGAUUUGUGGAGUCCUGCUGUCAUUCUGCCUUCCCAGCAUUCCAGAGUGGAAAGUUUUCUGUGGCAAUUUAUUGGGAUGCCUUGGAACAAGUUUGGCACACCACUGGCUCAUGGUAGUGAGGACUUUUCAUGAUGUCCAGCGCCAGCCCUGUUCUGAUAGGGCCUAUGUGCUCCCAUCUCCUUGGGCACCCCACUUUCCCUUUAGUUCCAUCCCCAUACCCAGUACUGACUGCCAUUUUUAUUUCCCACAAUGCCUCUGGCUCUCAUUGACCCAGGGCAUUGUGGGAGGCCGGGCAAAGGCCUACCGGGAAUCAGAAGAGCCCACUGUGACGCUGCAAACCCGGAGCCCUCAAACCCAUGCACCACACAGUCCCUGGGGCAGAAAUCAAGCCUGCUCACUAAUGCAGGAAAUCCUUCACAAUUCUAGCAACAGUUCCUAGGCAGCAGUUGCUAGGCGACUGGCCCUUGUUGAUAGUGCUGAGACCUGCCUUUGAGCUGCCCAGGAAGAGGGGAAAAUAGUUUGCUGCCUAUAGAUGCUCAGAGUGCCAGGGCUGGGCCGCUUGAGACGCUGGUGUCGCCUGAGCGCAGAGCAAAAAACACACACUGAGUCUCCGAAACCCCGAGCCUGCUUGGGAAGCAGGGAGUUUGGCCGGCUUUAGACUUCCGUAUGGCUCGGCUGGAAUACAAACCCACAAAUGCUUUAUUAAAGCACUUAGGGCGUGCCAAGUUAAGCCACUGUCCGGAGCACAGAUGGGCGUCGGCCAUGGAGCUCCCCAGCAAGCGAUCAAUCUUCUGUCUUCCAAGCGAACAAGGCAAGGAUGUGGGCGCUGAGGAAACCAGGCCGCAGCCUCUGCUGAGGUCGGAAGAGAUGGCCAUCAGACUGGAGCCCAUCGCGGAGACAGUCAGCAACUUUGAACUGAGCAGCAGUGAGCAAGCGGAGGCCUUGGGCCUCCAGAGUCCCUCUGGAAUGAAUUUGGGGGACCUUGAGACAAACCCAGUUAAAGGAGACCCGGUUACAGGGACUGGCCGAGCCCAGAGACAGUCUCCGGAAAGGACCUCGCUGGAGGCUGCCGGCCCGAGGGCGGGAGGCAGCGAGGUUUCGCUGGAGGGGAGCUCGGCCCAGGAGGAAGGAGGGUGUGAGGAGGGUCCUGCUCAUGGCCAGGAAGCCGGCGCAGAGGCGAGGCCGCCCGGGCCCACUCAGCACUCCGUCAGAAACCCACUCCCCAUGUCCCACUCCAUCUCGAAGGUAAACUCCAAGGGGGUCUUAGCGGGCGGCGCUGGCAAUCGGAGGAAGAAGCGCAGAGGACGAGGAGAUUCCAAGUGUGUCGCAAAUACAAGGGAGAAAUUCAUGAGCAUGUUUGAAAGCCAAACUGACAAAGACUUGCAGCCAGAGAAGCAAAGCAGCAAUUCCAACUUAGCCGAAGGGGAGCUGGCAAACGAAACCAAACCCAAAGGGCAGAAAGGCGUUCCCAAAGCAUCGCCCCGAAUGAAUCACCCAGAGGAGAAGAAGCCAGAGGAGUCUCCCAACCUGGGGCCUUUUUAUUAUAUUGGAGGAGCAAACGGAAUCGAUAUACUGAACGCCUUCUGCAAGAACAAAGGCUGGCAGCGUAUCUAUGACAACCGGAGGGAUGAUUACAUCCUGAAGUGGUGUGAGACUAAGUGCCGGGACACCUAUUUCAACUUCAGAGAAGGAGAGCAGCUUCUUUACCAGAUCUCUAACAACAAGAUCCUCACUACCAAGAUCGGCCUUUUGAUGAACUUGAGGGAGUAUGAACGGGUGAUGAAGAAGAUCAGCAGGACCACAAAGGUUUUGAGAAUGGAGGACUUUUUCCCCGAGACUUUCCGCCUGGAUACCAAGGACGAGAGAGAGAUAUUCUUUGAAAUAUAUGAAGAGCCUCAGAUCUGGAUCUGCAAGCCCACCAGCUCGAACCAAGGCCGGGGGAUCUUCCUCCUCAAAAACCAAUCCGAGGUCAACAGCUUGCAAGCCAAGCUCCUCAGCAUCGAAGAAGAUCCUAUGUACAAGAAACUGCCUUACAAAAUUCCCCCGGCGAGGAUCGUUCAAAGGUAUAUUGAUAAGCCGUUGCUCUUAGAGGGGAAGAAGUUUGAUGUUCGCUCGUACCUCCUCAUCGCCUGCACAUGCCCCUUCAUGCUCUUCUUUGGCCACGGCUAUGUCCGCCUCACAUGCCUCAACUACGACCCCAAGUCGGAAGACCUCACUUCUCAUCUGACCAAUCAGUACGUUCAGAAGAAGAGUCCGAUGUACAGCCACGUCAAGGAGGAGACGGUGUGGCGCAUGGAGCGCUUCAACAACUACGUCAACGAGAGGUUCAGGCACAUCAAAGGGCUCCCCAAGGACUGGGUCUUCAAUGGGUUCACUAAGAGAAUGAAAGAGAUCAUGCUGCAGUGUUUCCUGGCGGUCAAGUCCAAGCUGGAGUGCAAGAUGGGCUACUUUGAUCUGAUUGGCUGCGACUUCUUAAUCGACGAAGACUUCAAGGUCUGGCUCCUGGAGAUGAAUGCCAACCCUGCCUUGCACACCAACUGCAGCGCCUUGAAAAGCAUCAUUCCCACGGUGGUGAACGAGACUCUGGAUCUGGCCAUCGAGAUUUUCACCAAGAGCCAGAAGAUCCAGAACAUACUGCCCUUGGAGUCGCUCUGCCACUUUGCCCUGCUGUACAGCGGGGUGGGCACAGACAGCAACCAGUCGCGGCCCACCAAGAGCAGGACGUCCCUCCGCUCUCUCAGGAGCCACCGGUCCCUCACCGAGAACAGCAGCUUCUGCAACAGCACCUACAACAUGAGCCCCGGGCGCCCGGCAGAGAAGCAGCCGGUCAAAUCUCCGGAGAAGCCAGCCAAGGGCGAGGCACCAGCCCACUCUGAAGGGGUCACCAUCGUGCCCAGCAGGGGGGUCCCCAGGAACACUUUGCCCAUGCCCCAGAUCCAGAUCUCCAUCGUGCCCAACCUCGCCUGCUGCCCGUCCGUCAAAACCAUUCUUCGGGGCAACCAAGUCUGCAGCAGCGGCAACCAGUAUAUCAUCAAGCAUGUCCCACCGGUCUCGGACAGGCCCCCGGAGGCCGAGGGCGAUGACGAGAGGGCCAGAGCCGCUGGCCUUGCUGUUGCCGGAGUGCCCUCCAAGGACCGGUCCUAUGCGGCUUGGUUCCAGCAAACGUUUGGGUCCAAGUUCCUGGCGGCCAGCGGGAACGGGGCAGGCAGCCCCUUGACCAGCUCGCAGAUGGUCUCCCUCCAUCUCCAGUCCAGCCUCCCGCCAAAUCUCCCGGCCUCCCAGGAGCAAGCCAAGCCUCUGCGCCAGCUCAUGAAUUACUCCAAGAUGCCCGGGGAGAGUGGCAAGGCCUUGGCAGCGGGCCAGAGCUGCGGCGAAUCCCUCCCUGAAGAGAAGAAGCUCUCUCACCGGGGCUCCUAAAAGCAAGAUCGCUUGUGUAUUUCCAAAGCCCUCCUUCUUUUUCCUAUAAAGGACGAUGAGAAAAAAACCCCAAA